UUUAUUUGUUCUUCAGAUCUUUUAUAUAAGAAAUAACAUAAGCACAACCAGUUUCGUCGUUAUUGGACACAGUUAUAUAAUACUGGCAAUGACUACCAUUUGUCUGCAAAGACUCACUAUGCCAUGGAGGGCUGAAUAUCGUCAAGUAAUCAAAGAAUUCUUGGAAAAAAAUCACCUUUUUCAUCAAAAGAAUAAAUCUGAAUAUGCUAAUAAGAUUUAUGAACGCAUCGAAAAAAUCUGCAGUAUCUUUACGGUAUUUAUUCACAUUCAACUGUACGGCGGAAUUUUGUUAUUUAAUAUAACUCCUGGGUAUAAGAACUUCAAAACGGGCAUGUAUAGCUCUGAUAAACCAAUUAAUGGUACUUACGAGACAGCAGUAUACAUUACUCUCCCUUUUGAGUAUCUUAGUGAUAUUAAAGGACACAUUUUUUUAAAUUUCUUCAGCUGGAUUUUUAUAUACAUCGGGUCCACGACUUUCUGUUUAUACCAUCUCCUUCUUUCUUUGAUUGUGUUUCAUAUAUGGGGUAAUUUGAAAAUUUUGAAAUACAACUUAGACAAUUUCCCUAAACCUGCUAAUCCUCAAAUGACGAGUAUAGGAAUUUCAUGGUAUACGGAAGAGGAGUCUAAAAACAUAUCGACAUUAAUUGUGGAACUUGUGAAUUAUCACCGGAAUAUAAUGGACUUCAUGUCAAAGACCUCGAGCGCAUACAGCUUUUUUCUACUCUUAAAUUUCGCAUUCUAUCAAAUAGUGGGUUGUAUUAUUUUAUUGGAAUGCUCUAAAUUGGACCCCGAAUCUCUAGGGAAUUAUGGACCUCUAACAGUAGCAUUAUUUCAGCAAUUGAUACAAAUAUCUGUCAUAUUUGAACUUAUUGCAUCUCAGAGUGAAACACUAAUCGAUGCAGUCUAUGGUUUGCCCUGGGAAUGUAUGGAAUUGAAAAACAGAAAACUCAUUUUAUUUUUCUUACAAAACGUCCAAAAGCCAAUAAGCUUGAAGGCUUGUGGCAUGAUAUCAGUAGGGGUUCAAACUAUGGCUGCGAUUUUGAAGAAAACCGCUAGCGACAAUCCCAUCACUCCAGCAAUUGUUCGUCAUCUGCUGAGCAUAUACCCCUUCGAGUACGCCAUUUGUCCCGGUCCUGAUGAGCUAAUCCUAUUUAGAAGUGACCCGCAAUCCUCCAAAAUUCGUCCACCCAAGAAGCUAGCGGACGCCAGGCGCUUUCAUCCAAAAGCGGGCACCAUUCCCUUAACAUUUUGGUCCACCACGUCUGGCAACAUAUCCCACCCAACUCCAUUUUACUUUGGUAAUAACGUAUCCUACGUGGUGAGACGAAUCUCUAUAUUCCUCACUCGGUCUCGAAGCUUGAUGCCGAGCAUGUCUGGCUCCAUGGUUCUCUGUCUACCAAUCCGUACAUUGUCAGAAGUAACGUCUGGCACAUACCAAUCGGCGUUCGACGGCUGGUUGGUGUAG